AUGCCAGGGCGAAGAGGGAGAGGGCGCGGUGGUGGAAGGGGGCGUCCCACCAGUAAUGUGCCGCAGGGGCAGCAGCGGGCGCGGUCAGCGCCUCACAGCGACUUGCCGCAGCCACACUGGACCCUUCACAGCGCUGUGGAGGAAGUUCUGCUUUGGGGACAAGGACAACUCAGUCAGAUCACGCUGAAUGAUUUUCUCCGUAAUACAUUGGGCGGCAGAGGAGUUCUGGAGGAUAACGAAAAUCUUUCUAUCGAAGCGUUUAUUGUAAGCCCCAAUACAUUUAUCGAAGAUGAGAAUGUACUGCGCCUAAUACUGUCAUUGCCCUCUUACAAGGCGAUUGAAGAUGCAUACAAGCUAAUGGACCAUAGAGUGGGUACGCUCCAACGUUGGAAGGGGUUUGCACAAAAGGAGAUCGUCUCCAAUGCUUCAUGGGCAAAACUUGACGCGGCCCUUGCCGCUGCGGAGGCAAACGAAAGGGCAGGGCAGGCAGAGCAAACAAGAGUAAGACAGGAGGAGGAAGAAAGACGAAGGCGGGAAGAACGAGAAAGGAUAAGGCGGGAAGAAGAGGAAUCAAGGGCAAGGCUGGAAGAAGAGCAAGAAAGGGCAAUACGCGAAGAGGCAAGGGUAAUGCGAGAAGAAGAAAGGGCAAUACGUGAAGAGGCAAGGAUAAGGCGGGAAGAAGAAAGGAUAAGGCGGGAAGAACGAGAAAGGAUAAGGCGGGAAGAAGAGGAAUCAAGGG